GCCCCGCCCCGCCGGAACGAAACAGUAGUAGAGGUUUAGGGUUUUAGCAGAGUCCGACAAAUCCGAAUUGGAGAACACAGUAUUAAUGGAGGAGAAGGAAGAGGAAGUAGUAGACGGAGGAGGAGAUGCUUUUGUCUUACGGCAGUUGCAAGAUUCUAUAGACUCCAACCCUAAUGACUCCCUCCCCCAUUUGAAUCUCGGAUUGAUAUUGUGGAAAGAAGAAUCGAAAGAAAUCAGAGAAAAAGCGGCGGAGCAUUUUCUGGUAGCGGCUAAGUUAAACCCUCACAACGGCACUGCUUUUAGAUGUUUGGGCCAUUAUUACAGUCGAGUGUCCAUCGACUACCAGAGAGCUCUCAAGUGUUACCAGAGAGCUGUCACCCUCUCUCCCGAUGACUCCGAAUCUGGGGAAGCACUGUGUGAUUUGUUGGACGAAGGCGGUAAGGAGAGCCUGGAGGUUGCUGUUUGCAGCGAAGCUUCAGACAAGUCCCCAAGGGCCUUCUGGGCUUUUCGAAGAUUGGGUUUCCUUCAGAUCCAUCAAAAGAAAUGGUCUGAAGCAGUACCUAGUCUUCAGCAUUCCAUCAGAGGCUAUCCUACCUGUGCUGAUUUGUGGGAAGCUUUGGGUCUCGCCUACCAGCGGUUAGGCAUGUUUACUGCAGCUAUUAAGUCAUAUGGGCGGGCUAUUGAGUUGGAGGGCUCACGAGUCUUUCCCUUGGUUGAAAGUGGAAAUAUUAAUUUGAUGCUUGGUUCCUUUAGAAAGGGAGUUGAGCAGUUUCAGCAAGCUUUACAAAUCUCUCCUCAAAAUUUAUCUGCUCAUUAUGGCCUUGCUUCUGCACUGCUUGGUCUAUCCAAGGAAUGUACAAGUUCAGGCGCAUUUAAAUGGGGAGCUUCACUGUUAGAGGAGGCAUCUAAUGUUGCAAAAGCAAGUACCUGCUUAGCUGGAAAUGUUUCUUGUAUUUGGAAGUUGAAUGGAGAUAUCCAGCUUGCGUAUGCAACAUGUUUACCAUGGACGGAGGAAGGCUUGGGAUUAGAAACUGAUGACGAAGCUUUCAGCACUUCCAUCAUUUCCUGGAAAAGGACCUGUCACUCAGCCGCAGUUUCUGCCUGUAGUUCCUAUCAGCGGGCUUUGCACUUGGCCCCCUGGCAAGCAAAUAUUUAUACUGAUAUUGCUAUCGCUUCGGAUCUCAUUUGUUCUUUGAAGGAGUGUUUUAAGCAGGACCAUAAUGCUUGGCAGCUACCUGAGAAGAUGUCCUUGGGGGGCUUGUUGCUUGAGGGUGAUAACAGUGAGUUUUGGGUGUUGUUGGGUUGUCUAUGUGAUCAUAGUGCAUUGAAACAACAUGCUUUUAUACGGGGAUUGCAAAUAGAUGUAUCUCUAGCUAUUUCAUGGGCAUACCUUGGAAAGCUCUAUGGCGAAGAGGGGGAGAGGCAAUUGGCCAGACAAGCAUUUGAUCGUGCUAGAAGCAUAGAUCCUUCUCUUGCAUUACCAUGGGCAGGCAUGUCAGCUGAUAUUUAUGCUAGGGAGCUGACCCCAGAUGAAGCAUAUGAGAGUUGUUUACGGGCUGUUCAGAUACUGCCUCUUGCAGAAUUUCAAAUUGGUCUUGCAAAGCUUGCUCUGCCUUCAGAUCACCUUUCAUCUUCACAGGUAUUUGGAGCCAUCCGGCAGGCCAUGCAGCGCGCACCCUACUAUCCUGAAUCCCACAAUAUGAAUGGGCUGGUUUGUGAGGCACGAUUUGAUUAUCAGUCUGCUGCUGUCUCAUAUAGGCUUGCACGUUCUGCAAUCAGUACUUUUGCUGGCAAUGUUCCAAAAUCCCAUCUCAGAGAUAUAUCAAUUAAUUUGGCCAGAACGCUUUGUAUGGCAGGGAAUGCUCUUGAUGCUGUAAAAGAGUGUGAAGAAUUAAACAAGGAAGGUCUGCUUGAUUUGGAAGGUUUGCAGAUAUAUGCUGUUUCUUUAUGGAAACUUGGAAAGAAUGACCUGGUUCUUUCUGUGGCAAAAGAUCUCACUGCAAGUGCUUUGUCCAUGAAACAGCCAUCCAGGGAUGCCUCUGUCACUUUAAUCUGUAGAUUGCUUUACUACAUUUCUGGACUGGAAUCAGCAGUUAUAUGCAUUUUAAAAAUGCCCAAGGAAUUAUUUCAAAGUUCAAAAAUUAGUUUUGUACUAUCUGCCAUUCAUGCUCUUGAUCAAUCUAAUCAGCUGGUAUCAGUGGUUUCACGCAGUCGUAUCUUUCUUGCAUCUCCUGAAGAGACCACCAGAAUGCACUUCUUGAUAGCACUCAGUAAACUCGUCAAACAUGGAUCUGAAGAGUGCCUCGGGAUUCAAAGUGGAGUAAAACAUCUUCGAAAAGUUCUUCACAUGUAUCCUAACAGUGAUUUGAUAAGGAAUCUACUUGGUUAUCUCCAACUGUCUAGUAAAGAAUGGAAAGAUACUCAUAUUGCAAGUAGAUGCUUUAUCAUAAGCCCUUUGGGGUGUCUGGAGGAAGAGGGUUUGAAAUCAGCAUAUGAGAUCCUUGGUGCUGGUGCAGUUGCUUGUUAUACCACACAAAACUACAAGACGAAAUUUUCCUUCCCAACCUGUGAAUGCCAGUGCUUGCAUGGAACAAGAGCAAUCCGACAACUACAAAAGCUGUUACAUCAAGAACCAUGGAAUCAUAAUGCCCGCUACUUGCUUAUAAUUAAUUAUCUACAGAAGGCUCGUGAGGAGAGAUUUCCUCAAUAUCAAUGUGAUCUACUUGGGAGGUUAAUUAAUGUGGCUCUUUCCUGUCAAUUGUACUCAAAGAAAGAUAAGUCUUCUCAAUAUCAUAUGUCCCAGCUUCUACUUUGUGCCUCAGAGAUAAGUUUGCAAGGUGGAGACCACAUCGGCUGUAUCAACUAUGCAAAAAAUGCUACGGGGCUUUUGCUUUCCGAUAAUUAUCUCUUUUUUUCACACUUGCAAUUAUGUCGUGCCUAUGCUGCAGAAGGGAAACUUUCAAGCUUACAUGAAGAGUAUAUAAGAUGCUUGGAGCUCAAAACAGAUUAUCCUAUCGGUUGGAUUUGCCUUAAAUUUAUUGAAUCUCAAUAUGGACUACAGGCUGAGUUAAAUCUAUUAGAGUUGUGCUUUGAGAAUUGCUCAAAGGAGAUAAAAAGUUCAUUGAAUGUGUGGAUGGCUGUAUUUAGUUUGGCACAGGGUCUGAUUGCUAUUUGGACCAAGGAUUUCCUUCGUGCAGAAGAGUUGCUUGCACAGGCAUGUUCAUUAGCUGGUGCUGAGAGCUGCCUCUUUUUCUGUCAUGGUGUCAUUUGUAUGGAGCUCGCUAGACAGCUUUGUGAUUCGCAGUUUGUAUCCCUUGCCAUUAGAAGUCUGAAGAAGGCUAAAGAGACAUCUGUCGUCGCCUUACCCAUUGUCUCAUUAUUGCUGGGUCAAGCAGAAGCAAGCCUGGGCUCUAAAGUGAAAUGGGAGAAAAACCUUCGUCUUGAAUGGUUUUCUUGGCCACGAGAGAUGAGGCCUGCAGAACUCUUUAUGCAAAUGCAUUUGCUUUCAAUGCAGGGAAGUGUUAGUUCUGACUCUUCAUCCAGUGUGGAGUUCUGUCAAAGCCCUCAGAGCUGGAUUCUUCGGGCAAUACAUUUGAACCCUUCUUGUUUGAGAUAUCGGAAGGUUCUGCAGAAGUUUAUGGGAGUGACUUCAGGUAUGUAAAUUUAGAGGAAGGGGUGGGUGUUCUAUAUAUUUGAACCACCACCUAUGGAGUCGCUCAAAAUAGUUGAACGAGUGACUUAUUCUCAGGUGCCAAUAGGCAUUUUGUCUCUCCAUAUGUAUCUGUAAAUUAUAUAAUCAUGUUGUUCCCUGUUUAUAUAUGACAUAAUGAUAUUAAUAUUGUAUCCCUACGCUACAACUUAUAAAGAAAAAUCAUAUCAAUAUUGUAGCUGGGGGUCAGCUGAAUAGUAGGUUUUAGGCUUUGAGAAAAAUGUGAUUUAUUUAUAGCAUCAAAUAAAAAUGAUUCAGGAUUUAUAGCA